GGCCUCCGCCGUCCCUGUCCCUCCGGCGGGGCCAUGUCGGUGGCGACGGGCAGCGGCGAGGCGGCCGGCGGGGCUGGCGGCGGCGGCGCGCGGGUCUUUUUCCAGAGCUCCCCCCGGGAGGGCUCGGCGACGCCGGGGACCGCGACCGCCGCGGCCGGGCAGGUGCAGCAGCAGCGGCGGCACCAGCAGGGCAAAGUGACGGUGAAAUACGACCGCAAGGAGCUGCGGAAGCGCCUGGUGCUGGAGGAGUGGAUCGUGGAGCAGCUGGGGCAGCUCUACGGCUGCGAGGAAGAAGAAAUGCCAGAUGUAGAGAUUGACAUUGAUGAUCUUCUUGACACUGACAGUGAAGAAGAAAGAGCUUUAAAAUUACAGGAAGCGCUUGUAGACUGCUACAAACCAACAGAGGGAUUUAUCAAGGAGCUGCUAUCUCGGAUAAGAGGCAUGAGGAAAUUGAGCCCUCCCCAGAAGAAGAAUGUAUAAUUUGAGCACAAGAGAAGAAGGCCUGGACCUUGGACUUCACCAAGACUUUUAUUAGAAAAUAAUUGUCCUUAGUAACUUUUAUUUGGGGGGAGGGGCAUAUCUACUAGCCUAAUCAAGAGUGUUCUUUUAUUUGGGGGGGGUUUUGUUAGUGUAAUAUUUUAAUAGCUUAGCUAUCAUAACUUUGGUUUCAAUUCAACCAA